AAUUCGGCAUAGAUAUAAUGUUCUCUGGAUUUGAUUUGUUUGGCUAACUUGUGAUUUGAGUUUGUGACAGGACAGCACCGAGCUGUGAGGUUAGAUAAUCCUGGAGCUAUUUUUCCAGAGCAUUACGGUAUUUAUGCAACUUCAAGGGCGGACGUAUACGUAACCGCACCGCACCGCACAUGCCGGUUGUACGUUUCCCAACGAGCUACCUUUAAACAGUAGAAACAUGGCUGCUUGUGCCUUUGCUUUUAAACUUCUGCCUUUAGUGACAGGAAGGCUUUGCUGCAGAGCGUCUUGUCCCGCGCGCUCAGCUGCCCGUUCGUUCUCGCGCACUCCAGCUCGUUCACACAGAGUGACCGGGACCGGGGCUCUGACGGGGAAAGUGGACCGAUUCGGUGGAGUGACAGUGAACUUGGCUGACAUCGGUUUACCGGUGGACAUCAGCGAAAGCUCAUUCAGCAGAAUACUGCAAGAAGCUUUGUCUCAGUGGAAAGCAGAGGGGAAAGUUGCAGUGUGGCUUCGAGUACCCAUCUCACUGAGUCGAUGUGCCGCCGCCGCCUCCACUCACGGCUUCACCUUCCAUCACGCCAAACACGACCACGCGGUGUUGGAGCUCUGGUUGGCAGAAGGGCAAAGCAGGCUGCCGGGGUUUGCAACUCACCAAAUUGGAGUGGCAGGUGCAGUUGUUGAUGAAUCUAAUGGAAAAGUCCUCGUGGUUCAAGACCGAAACAAGACGAGGAAUGCGUGGAAGUUCCCCGGGGGUUUGUCUGAUCCAGGAGAAAACAUCGGUGCGACCGCCGUCCGUGAAGUCUUUGAAGAAACCGGCGUUCACUCCGAGUUCAGAUCUCUGCUCAGCGUCCGGCAGCAGCACGAGCACCCCGGCGCCUUCGGUAUGUCGGACAUGUACAUCAUCUGCCGACUCCGCCCUCUCACCUACGACAUCGACUUCUGCACUCAGGAGUGUCUGCGCUGCGAGUGGCUGGACCUCGCCGAGCUGGCCGAGACCAACGACACGACCCCCAUCAGCUCCCGCGUGGCCAGGCUUCUGCUGCACGGCCUGGAGCGAGGCUUCGACCAGAUCGACCUCGCCAUGGAGGAGCUUCCUGCCGUCUACUCCGGGAAGUUUUACCAGCUGUACCACAGGCAGCUUCCUCCCACGCCACCAUCCACCUGACGGGGGUAACCGUGCCGCAGCUCGCUGUGUUGGCACGCGCUCGUCAGUAUUACUAUUUAAAAGUGUUUUUAUGACUGGAAUUCUGUUUGUGGGGUUUGUUCUUCACACUUUGAGAUAUGGUACAUGCGAACAUUCACUGUCUGGGUUCUAAAGGGAACCACUUGUAUACGGUUCAUCUGAUGCAAGCAGCUGAGUUACAGGGGGGGGACACAGACACUGACGAGUGUAGAAUGAUAAUCAAAGAUCUAUACGUUGGGUUUUGGAUUUUUAGUGUGCUAAUAAAAUGAAGUUAUUUAGUUAAAUCCUUUCUCUCUCAUCAAGUUCUAAUCAUGUAGGAUGUGAGUGCAUUGUCUUAAUGUGUAACCUUGUUAUGAAGGACGCAUGUUCCUCUAUAGGUCUGACAUCUUGCUGCUGAACGUGUGAGACGGACAUGUUCAGGAUGUAACAGUCACAAAGCAUCACAGCUACGUUGAUGGAACACUUUGUCUUCAUUGCGUCACAUCUUCUUCUUCUUCUUCUUCUUCUUCUUCCUCGUUGCUGCCACUGAGACGUUAAUAAGAUCCCAGGUUAGCACUUGGCCGACAUUGGAAGAAAAAGAAUGGCCUUUUGACCCGGUCCAGUUUUGCUUCCAGACUUGUACUGACCCGUGCGCUUCAGAGCCACGUACAUGUGGGGGUACUUCCUGGAGCGGUAGGUGUUGUAGUUGUUGCUCUCGAGCCGCUCUAAGAAGUGGCAUUCGUCUGUUGCUCGUCUCUGCAGAGAAGGACACAGAGAACAAAUCACUUUCAUUCUGCUGUUUAAUGAGGAACAUGAGGGAUCAGGGGAUUUAAACAGGACGACAUCUGCAGCCCUUUGCUUACAGGACAGACACGCACCGGGACAGAGACACGCACCGGGACAGAGACACGCACCGGGACGCCGUCUCGUCGCAAUGCUUUGAAAUAAACUUAAUCUGAGGAAAUGUGAAGAAAGUGUGAAACUUUAAUAUUUCAACAAAUGGAAACUGAAGUUCUGUCUGUACGAUUAAUUGAAAUGUUACCGUGUUUAAUAACCCUCUCUUUUUAUAUAUUGUUGGAAAGGGAGAAAAUGUGUAAAACACCCAGAGUGAAAUGUGACCUUUAUUUUGAAGGAGACUGUUGGUUUAGAAUAAAAGACAUUUUACUUUGACCUUU